GGCGACCCAUUGCGCACCAACUGAAUGAAGCCUGUGUGAGAAAGAGACAAAAGACAGGCGGCUUCAACAAGAAGAACAUAUUGGACGGUAAAUGUCAGUGAUGUGGACGGUGAAGGUGGUCGGCCUGGGUGCGGUGGCCCUCUCUCUCAGUGUGGAGCUGCUUUGCUGGCUCGUCCGUCGCCUCAGACCUGGAAGAACCCUCAAUGAGGUCCUCUUCUUUCCCUCAGAGAUGGCCUGUGUGGAGCAUAUCUUCUCUCCCUCGUUGCCUCAGUCUUGUUGCUGCCCGUUGCCUCAUGGCAUAGAGACCUCUUUCUCCCGUCUUCUUCGCCACAUCCUGUCUGCUUCCUCCUCUUUGGACUUGUGUAUCUUUGCCUUCUCCAACAUGGACCUGUGCAGGGCUGUGCUGGUGCUGCAUAGCGGAGGAGUCACCAUCCGAGUCCUCACUGACAAGCAAUACGCUGCCAUCUCUGGCUCCCAGAUAGGUGUCCUCCGCAAGGCUGGGAUCUGUGUGCGGUGCGACGUGGGCUCCGAUUACAUGCAUCACAAGUUUGCAGUGGUGGACGGCAGGCUGCUCAUCACCGGCUCCCUCAACUGGACGCUGACAGCAGUGCAGAGCAACAUGGAGAAUAUCCUCAUCACCGAGGAGCCCGACCUGGUGCGACCCUUCAUGGAGGAGUUCCACAAGUUGUGGGGGCAAAACGAUCGAGCUCGAUACCUCCACUCAAGUGCCCAAAAACCUGCCAACAUCACCAUCAGAAUCAGUGACUGAUUAGCCAGGAUGAAUAGUGAGUCAGAGCUCAUCCAGCCUUUGAGGUAGAAGGUAUGCAUGAUGAAUCGGUUCAGUCAGACAUUAUCUUGUUUCUUCUCAAGUUUUGAUUCUGCUACUUCUGGCUGUGGCUGUGAAGGACUGUAAGUGACAAUGUUAUCGUUCAAGAUGCUGGAAGUUUGACGGCAGUUUUAUUUUAAAUGUGUCCCAGAAAACAUGUCUGAUUUACCAGGCUGAGUUUGCAUUUAAGAGUUCCUGUUUGAUUCAGGUUUCUUACAUUUACUAUUUGGCACUGGUCUAAGAUGAAGAUGAUAUCCACAACAUAGAUGUGUUUGAGUUCUAAAGAGAAUGCCUCUGUUUGUGUUGGGUAAGAAUAUUUCUUUAUUCUUUAAAUUCAAGUUUAUGUUUGUUAUAUUGUGUCACAGGUUGACACUACGCAAAUACCAUUGCUUUAUUUUAAAGAUUUCCACCGAGGUGAUCAAAUUAAUCUUCUUUCAUCGUGGUAAUUUUGUAAUCAAUAAUCCAUUAUACAUUUUCUCCCUUGGAACUAAAGGGAUUAGUUUAAUUCCUUUAUUUACAAACCCCUCCACAGUUCACCUUGUGUCUAACUGCACUCUAAAUUACACUGUCUGUAAAAAAUCCAGUGUAUAGUUUAGGGUAUGCUACUGCAGUCUCAGGGAAGAUGUUUGCCAAGCACCAAUAA